CCCAGCCAAUCUCAGAUUUUUGGGAUUUCUGAGAUGGCGUCGUAUUCGCCAACGCGCUUGUGUGGAGGUGGACUUGCAACGUUUCUGCAUCUUGUUCUCGACUACGACCACGUAGACACCUUUAACCUCGUAUACUAUCGACAAAGCUCUCUUCUACAUUGCUGAAUCGCUAUGAACAGCACCGGAACUCGCGCUCGAGAAGGUCCGCCACCGAACUUCAAGCCGCAGUGGUACUGCAAUUAUCGGAAACGUAUGUUCUUUGCACAGGGAUUUCCUGGUGAGUCUACGAGCUAAGGCUCAGAAGCUCUAUAACCACAUCCGAACAACAGCAUAUCUACUCGAUGCUUCCUCCGAAUGGCUCUCGCCGUUCAUUCCUGUCCUCAAGUCUGUGCCGUCUCAGAUGCAAUUCGGUCUCGAUUCCGUCAUCGGUGCUAUACUCCCAGGAGUUGGUGAUAUUCUCGGAACGUUUUUGGGACUGUACCAGGUACUCUUGAGCAUGUUAUUUGGGAUACCUCUCUCCGUCGUAGGCAUGAUGGUCUUGUAUUUGAUUGCGGAUGCAUUCAUUGGGAUCGUUCCGUUUCUUGGUGACUUCCUCGACGUUGCGUUCAAAGCGAACAUCUACAACCUCCAACUACUCGAGAAAGAGUUGAAGAAGUCUAAAUGGGCACCUAUAGUCGUGAUACCUCCCGCGGACGAAUGGCUACCCAGCGGUGGCGCGAGCGCAAGGAAUACAGGGAGGAAAUGGUGGGAUUUCUUUAAAGCAUGAAGAUGACUUCGGGAUGAGAUGAGGGGGUAUCACCACGAACGAUUGACUUCAUUAUAUCAUUUUCUUGGACGGGGCGGUCAAUCCACACGCACGAGGGGCCGUCAGCUGUUGUAUUUGUCGCCUGCAGUGCUAAUGUAUCUCCAUACACGACUUGGCCGCUGUGUGAAGCCUGGUCUUAACCACACGCCUUGUACUAAAUUG